CAUCAGCAGCCGGGGGGACGCGCUUCACGGCGAAGGCGGGGUGGGCUGCGGUGCUUUAUUUUAAAAUAUAUACUUUUCUUUUUUCGCCCCCCCCCUCCCUCCGCUUUUAUCCCUUCGCAAGGCUCGGACUCAGCAGGACGCCUGCGGGCUGAAGCCGGGGUGCCGCCACCGCGGGCACCGGAGGGCCGGAGGCGGCCCAUGGCUGCACCGCCGGGCGCCGCGCCCCGCUGAGCUCCGCGGGCACCGGCGGCGAUCGCGCCUCUGGCCGGGACACACAGCGGGCACCAUGGUCCGGUGCUGGUGGCUCGCAGGGCUGCUCGUAGCCUGCGCGGCCGCGGAGCCGCGCUGCCGCCAGCAGCUGCGCCACCUGCAGGACAGCGCCGGGAUCGCCGCGCGGCUGCCGCCCCGCCUGGAGGGGCGCUGGGUCUCCACCGGGUGUGAGGUGCGGCCGGGACCCGAGUUCCUGACCCGAUCCUACCUCUUCUACACCAACCGGCUCUUCAAGGCUCUCCAGUUCUACUACUGGGACCCGUCCUGCCGCGACCCCUCCUACUCGCUGGUCAUCAAGGGCAAGCUCCGGCUGCGCCAGGCCUCCUGGAUCACCCGCGGGGCCACCGAGGCCGACUACCACCUCCACAAAGUGGGCAUCGUGUUCCACAGCCAGAAGGCCAUGCGGGAGGUGGCCUCCUGGAUCAACCAGACCUCUGGCGAGGGCUGCCGCGGGUUCCUGCCCCCGGGGCGCUCCUGGGCUCCCGGGGCCCUGUACGAGGUGCUGAGCGCCAAGACGGAGCGCGACUGCACCGCGGCGCUGGGCUUCGCCAUGCACGAGCUGAGCCUGGUGCGCGUGGAGAGGCACUUCCAGCCGCUGCUGCAGCCGCAGCAGAGCGGGAGCCGGCUGGUGGAGGAGCUGUACCUGGGGGACAUCCACACGGACUGGGGGGAGAGGCUGCACUACCGCCCCACCGGCUACCAGCGCCCCUUGCAGAGCGCCCUGCACCACGUGCACCCCUGCCCGGCGUGUGGGAUCAUCUCCAGGGCCGAUGAGCACCACCCCCCGAUCCUGCCCGCCCGAGCCGCGCUGCCCAUGCAGCUCAGCGGCAGCUGGGUCAGCACCCACUGCGAGGUCCGCCCGGCCGUGCUCUUCCUCACCAGGUACUUCACAUUCCACGGCAACAACCACACCUGGGAAGGGCACUACUAUCACUACUCCGACCCGCUCUGCAGGCAGCCCACGUUCACCAUCUACGCCUCCGGGCACUACAGCCAGGGCAUCCCCUCCUCCAAGGUGCGGGGCGGCACCGAGCUGGCUUUUAAAGUCACCCAGGCUCGGGUGACGCCGAUGGACCAGGUGACGGUGGUGAUGCUCAACUCCUCGGAACCGGGAAGCUGUGGGCUGGCGGGCUCCUGGAGCGCCGGGGUGGAGCAGGAUAUAACACCCACGAACGGAUGUUUGGCUCUGGGCAUCAAGCUGCCCCACACCGAGUACGAGCUGUUCAAAACCGAGCAGGACACGCAGGAGCGCAGCCUCCUCUACAUCGGGGAGCGGCCCACGGACGGCUCCAGCCCCGACAGCCCUGACAAGCGACCCACGUCCUACCAGGCCCCUCUGAUCCAGUGUGCUGCAGGCUCAGAGGAAUUCUCCAACUACAUUAGUCUGAAAUACGUGGGAAGAAAGGAUGCUAACGGGAUCGAAGCACUAAAACCUUUGCCUGUGGCCUUUUUAUUGUUUAUAGCACUUCUGUUUUUAAGAUGGGACUAGUUAUCUCUUCAGGUACAGUGCAGAAUUCAGAUAAAUCUUGGUGCUAGCGUGAUUUUUAUAUCCUUCAAAUGAGCACAUCUGGAAUCAGUUUUACUCAGAUUUGGAAACACUUUUUAAAAACACCCAACAGUGAAUGAAGCCAAGGAGAUAUGCCUGACUCCACACUGUUUGUCCUGUGGCUUUAUUGCCUAAUCUCUCCUCUUUGCGUGCAAAUUUAAUGUACUGACACGGAUGCACUGCACAUUGCAACAGAUAAUUUAGCAGCAUGAGGGGGGAAAAAAGUGACAUCAAUUAAAAUUGCUCCUUUGAGCUUUUGACAUUGCUAAGAUUUAAUCAAGAGCUUGAUUCAGAUGUAAUUCAAACAUCCAAAGUGUUGGCUGCUGAGUUUCUUUGAGGUUAAGUUCCCUCCCAUCACACUCCUUUUUGCUGUUCAUGCAAAUUUAAUCUGCAGAGUCAGUCAGCAAUAAACAGUCAGCAAGUGUUCUUGAGAAGGGCACGGUUCACGUGCCUCUUGCAGUUUACAGAUAUUUUCUGCACUUUGCCUGUGUAUGUCACACACAGGGACCCACAAACACUUGGAGAUGCCCAGAAGAACUCUCACAGAGGGCUCGACUUUUCCACCUGACCCUGGGCAUAGAUUACAGUAGAUAGAAAACACUUCAGUGCACAGCAGCUCCAAGCCACUGCAUCCCUGCUGUGUUACCCCAGCUCUCCAGUGCAGUGCUGGCCUGGCUGAGCCAUCAGCAGUGUCCCCGUGUCACUGCUGCCAUGCCUGGCACAGGCACCGUCACCAUGUGCCCUGGGAAGGGAAAGAUCCCUCACCAGCCUUCUCAGGCCGUGCAUUUCCACUGCCUCCUUCUCAGUAACUGGCACAGCAGUUGUUAUUCCAGCUCUCCUCUCAAAGUGUCACUUCCAGCCUCAUUCCUGUACAGAUGUUUUAUAAAUCUGCCUCUGGUGAACAAUGAGCUGAAGAGAUGCUCAGAUCAGACAGCACAGUCAGGUCAAACUGAUUCCUACUGACAAGCAGGACAAAUGAUGAAAUUAUAUUCCCUGUCUGCUGCAGCUAAGCAUCAUAUAACUUCCUCGAGAAGCCCUUCUCCAGCAGCUAAAUCCUCUCCAAAUAAGCCUAUAUAUCUUACCCACAAAAGGUAUUUUGUUAAAGCAGCUAUGCAGUAGCCACCUUCUUAAUGCUGUAUUUACAAACUUGCAGCUUGUACUUAGAUAAAUUAUGUGGUUUAUAACACAAAAAUACUUUGGGGCGAUCUGUACAUUAAUAAUUCAAAUGAGAUGCUUAUUAAAUGCAUUACAGUUGUGACAUAAA